ACUGCCGUUCUCCCUUUUCUGCGCGGCGCAACGACCUCUCCGAUGUCUGCUGCAGACAGGGAGGGGAUUUUUCCAAUUUAGGAAAGCGCAUGGUAACUAGCCCUCCUAGGAGGAAGUCGGUGCAAGCUAUCAGGGUCGCACCGCCCUAGGGAUUGCCACUGAACUUCGUUCCUCCCAGAUUUCCAACCCAGCGAGCAGUUGCUCUGACUGCAGUCCGAGCCAAUGGCAAAAACCCUCCUGAAGCCCGGCCCCGCGGAAGGAAUGGUUUCCGAGUUGUUUGUUUCUCUUUAACAGGGGAACUCUGCCUGGUUUAAGCUUUUACUCUCUGCCUGACCGGCACCCUCCUGAGGCAGUUUAGGACCGGAAGGAGAACACCGGGCAACCAAAAGGAUGAAGUACCUUCUUGACUUGAUUCUACUGCUGCCUCUGCUCAUCGUCUUCUACAUUGAGUCUUUCGUCAAGCUUUUUAUUCCCAAGAAGAAGAAAUCAGUCGCCGGAGAGAUCGUCCUGAUCACCGGAGCUGGUCAUGGCAUUGGAAGAUUGACUGCCUACGAAUUUGCCAAACUUAACACCAAACUGGUUCUCUGGGAUAUCAAUAAGAAUGGCGUUGAAGAAACAGCUGCCAAGUGCAGGAAGCUGGGUGCCCAGGCCCAUGCCUUUGUGGUGGACUGCAGCCAUCGGGAAGAGAUUUACAGUGCCGCGAAAAAGGUAAAGGAAGAAGUUGGAGAUGUUAGCAUUCUAGUAAAUAAUGCUGGCGUGGUCUACACUGCAGAUUUAUUCGCUACACAGGACCCUCAGAUUGAAAAAACUUUUGAAGUCAAUGUGCUUGCACACUUUUGGACUACCAAGGCAUUUCUCCCAGCGAUGAUGAAGAAUAAUCAUGGGCACAUUGUCACCGUGGCGUCAGCCGCAGGGCACACCGUCGUCCCCUUCUUGCUGGCCUACUGUUCCAGCAAGUUUGCCGCUGUUGGCUUCCACAGAGCCUUGACCGAUGAACUGGCUGCCUUGGGACGAACAGGAAUCCGAACAUCGUGCCUCUGCCCUAACUUCAUAAACACUGGCUUCAUCAAGAACCCAAGCACCAAUUUAGGUCCCACCCUGGAACCUGAGGAGGUGGUAGAACACCUCAUGCAUGGAAUCCUCACUGAGAAGAAAAUGAUUUUUGUCCCGAGUUCUAUAGCGUUCUUGACAGUACUGGAAAAGAUCUUUCCUGAGAGGUUCCUGAAAGUUUUAAAACACAGGAUCAAUAUUAAGUUUGAUGCAGUUAUCGGAUACAAAGAUAAAUGAUGCAGAUUGCCCGCCUUUCCCAGAAACCGAUUUACUGGAUUCAAGUUGAUUUCGUCUAAUAUUAAUCAGAAUUUUGAUGUUUUUAAUGUUUUCUCCUUAUCUCAUUUCUUCACUGUCUCCUCUUGAAGCUGUGACCAUUGUCAUGAAAGUCAGUGUCACGUCAUAGACCCAACCAGCCCCAAGGACGUUGCUCCUAUGGAAAGGGGCGGGACGAUUGGUUUCAUGAUGAUAAUCGCCCAGAUUCUGUGGAUCGUCACCAGGGUUCAGAAUGUGUACUAUCAGCUUUUAUUUACAAUAUCUGUAACUGCACUUUUGGUUCAUAUAAUUCGCACUUCCUGUUCUGUCCCAUAUAAAAUUAGGAACCUUAACCUCUCGAGGCGGAAGGAAGGACUGAGUCUAUGCCAUUUCACAGCGGUGUCAUGUGCUCUGGAACAUUCCAUACUGUGAAUCACCUGUUUCCUGAGACACCAGCCCAAGGUGGCUUGGAGUAAAAGCACCUGUGGGAUUUCAGCCUAGGUACAGGAAAAGGUCAGACGGACAGAUGGAAAUAAUAAAUGGACCAAAUCUCA